ACGUUAACUUCCAUUUUCGCUCAGUCUUUCUGGUUUGGCCGGUUUACGCCCGUUAUUUAAUCAGUUACUCAGGCUGUGUUAAUUUUCGAAGUUAUUAGCCACUACACCACAGACACUGCAGAUGCAGUAAUUUUGUGUUUUUAUUUGUCUAUCGAUUCAAAGUUAAAUACUAUUUCCGGUGCUUUUCCAUAGGUGGAGUGCUGAACUAGUAGUAACUGUGAAGGAAAAUCAACACAAUGUCACUCUCCCUAGCAGGGUUCCUAUUUCAAUUCUUCGAGUCUGCCUGGGGCUCGUUUUCUAUUCUGCAGCUGUUUGCAUUGUUUCUUUUAGGCUACCUUAUUUACAAUACAUGUAUACUAUAUUAUCAAAGAAAACGGAGCAUCGCUGCUUUAACGGAGUUCCCUGGACCGAAAAUCCAUUGGCUGUACGGCGAUACUUAUCAGAAAGAAGAAAAUAUUUUAAAUUAUAUGCACCAAAAUUCUAAGAUUUACCAUUAUGCAUGUCCUUUUUGGGCUGGACCAUUUGCGGGUGUGCUAUAUGUAACCCAUCCCGAAUAUGCCAAAACUGUAUUCACCAGUUCAGAGCCCAAAAAUCUUGUGAUUUACCGGGUCCUUAUUCCAUGGAUUGGAUAUGGUUUACUGAUCUUGUCUGGACAAAAGUGGUUUCAGCACCGAAAAAUGCUGACUCCUGCAUUUCACUACGAUGUUCUAAAACCGUACGUCAAGCUGGUUUCAGACUCUGUCAAUGUUUUGCUGGUAGGAGCAGAUUACUCUGACUUUUCAACCUGAGUUCAAUAGAGCUUUUCACUGGGAGUAUCAUUAUUUUGUUUGAAGCUG